CAGUCGCCCUCGAGACGCGGAGGCGCGAGGAUCGCACCCGUUAGUCGCGCGCAACCUCGGCCCUCUCGCGGCCCGAAUCCCCGGCCAGUCCCGGCAGUUGGCGUCCGUCCGUCGCGCGGGACGCAUCGAAGGACUUCCGCUUUUUUUUUUUCCUCUCUCUUCCGCGACUCCUCGACGAGCUUUCGCCGAGGAAAGCUCGGCUCCGCCCCGGAGAGGAACUCGACCCUUCGGAGAGAUCACCGAGAGACCCCCACGGUCUGCGCGAUCUGCCUCUCCUCUUCGUACAUUGGCACUUUAGUUUUACCUUUUUUUAUACGGCCGCGCGGUUCUACGCCUCCGUUCCUCGCUGCCGAGACGCCGGAAGGAAUCUGCGAGCCCUGACCGUUCGCGGAGUCGACACCCGCGUCGACGUGACGGUGUUAUCCACGCUAGUACCGGCUCGCACGCCGUCCCGGUAGAGCUUUCGAAAGUUUAAAGUGUCGACUCGACGAUCUUUGUACGCACCGGCGUGCCUAAGUAGAGUUAGGAAAGCAGAGAGAGAGAUAUAUAUACUCGAAAUGAAGCUCGAAGGUAACUGCUCGAGAGACGACGACGCGUCCAACGGGAUCCUCAUGCAAUCCAGGAAGGGAUCAGCUGUUCGGCUCCAGAUCACGCCGAUCCAGCCCAAGACCAUCACCCAUCUUCCUAAGAGGCCGCCCGUCGACCUCGCCUUCUCCGACCUCGUCUACAAGGUCCGGGAGGGACGCAAGAGCAAUACCAAGACCAUCCUGAAGUCCGUCAGUGGGAGGCUGCGGUCCGGCGAGCUGACGGCCAUCAUGGGCCCGUCUGGCGCCGGGAAGUCGACUUUGCUCAACAUCCUCACGGGAUACAAGACGACGGGAGUCGAGGGCAGCAUCACCAUGAACGGCCACGAGAGGAAUCUCAGUGCCUUCAGGAAGUUGUCUUGUUACAUCAUGCAGGACAAUCAGCUGCACGGCAAUCUCACUGUUGAGGAGGCCAUGAAGGUCGCCUCGAGCCUCAAGUUGAGCAGCAACAUCAGCAAGGCUGAAAAGGAGGAACUGAUUCAGGAGAUCCUGGAGACGCUCGGCUUGGCAGACCACAGGAAGACCAUGACGGCGAAUCUGAGCGGCGGCCAGAAGAAGAGGCUUUCGAUCGCCCUGGAGCUCGUUAACAAUCCGCCGAUAAUGUUCUUCGACGAGCCCACGAGCGGCUUGGACUCCUCCUCCUGUUUCCAGUGCAUCUCGCUGCUGAAGACCCUGGCCCGGGGUGGGCGGACCAUCAUCUGCACUAUCCAUCAACCUAGUGCACGUCUCUUCGAGAUGUUCGAUGCCCUUUACACCCUGGCAGAGGGUCAAUGCGUUUACCAGGGGUGCACAGCCCAGCUGGUGACUUUCCUCAGGUCCCUCGGGCUGAACUGUCCCAGCUACCACAAUCCGGCAUCCUUCGUCAUCGAGGUGGCUUGCGGCGAGUACGGGGACAACAUCAGGAACCUGGUGAACGCGAUCGACAACGGGAAACGCGACAUCAGGACGGGCUACAAUUUUCUGGAGCUUAAGAACGAGAGCUUGAACAAUGGCGGCAACGUGAAGGACGUGGAGGAUGUCAAGAGCGCAAAUGGAAAGGACAAGAACGACGCGAGCAAUAUCGAGGAGAAGUUCCUGGACGACAAGGGGAGCAAGACAAACGGAGGGAUCUUACCGAGAUACGCUAUGAACGACAUCUCCAAGGAAAAUGAGGUGGCGAUAAACGUGGAGCUCGAGAAAAAGGAAUACGUUAACACGGCGUUGCUCGACGAGACCUUGACAGUGACACCAGACAGAUAUCCGACCUCGGAAUUCACGCAGUUCUGGGUCGUCCUGAAGAGGACCCUACUUUUCAGUAGGAGAGAUUGGACCCUGAUGUACCUUCGAUUGUUCGCGCACAUAUUGGUCGGAUUUCUGAUCGGCGCUCUCUAUUACGACAUCGGGAACGACGGUGCCAAAGUCCUCAGCAACCUCGGUUUCCUCUUCUUCAACAUGCUCUUCCUCAUGUACACCUCGAUGACCAUCACAAUCCUGUCGUUCCCCCUGGAGAUGCCAGUGCUCCUCAAGGAGAACUUCAACAGGUGGUACUCCCUUAAGUCGUACUACAUGGCCAUCACGGUGUCCGACAUUCCCUUCCAGGCGAUAUUCUGCAUGAUCUACGUGGUGAUCGUCUACUUCCUUACGAGCCAGCCUACCGAGAUGUCGAGGUUCACCAUGUUCACCUCUGCCUGUUUGCUGAUCUCCUUCGUCGCCCAGUCGGUGGGCCUCGUCGUGGGGGCGGCGAUGAACGUCCAAAAUGGAGUGUUCCUGGCCCCGGUCAUGUCCGUGCCGUUCCUCCUUUUCUCCGGUUUCUUCGUCAGCUUCGACGCCAUACCGGUGUACCUCAGAUGGAUUACCUACCUGAGCUACAUCAGGUACGGCUUCGAGGGCACAGCUCUGUCGAUCUACUCGUUCGCUCGCACGAAGCUGAAGUGCUUCCAGGUCUACUGCCAUUUCAAAAAUCCGAAAACGACCCUGGAAGAGCUGGACAUGCUCGACGCCGACUUCACCCUCGACAUCCUGGCCCUCCUGCUGAUCUUCGUGCUCCUGCGGAUCGCAGCCUACAUGUUCCUCCGGUGGAAGCUGAAGACCGCCCGAUAGGACCUCCGCAGUCUCGAUCUCUCCCCCAAAUCGCCUUAAGGCCGGAUCACUGCCGCCGCAGUUCCGCAUGCGAAUAAACGCGCUCCCGCGUUCUUAAACGGCCAGAAAACCCGACCGCGUGUAGGUCUACCGAAGGGUUUCGAGAGAAAGGAGGUCCGGCAACACCUGGAAAAUGGAAAUUUAUAUGUAGACGUAGAAGGACGAUGAGAGCCCCUGGCUCGCGCGGGGUGGGGGGUCGGCCGGACCAAUCAGAGCGCAGAGUGGAGGGGCGCGGACCAAUGGGAGCGCAGCGAGGCGCUUCAGUCCAACGACUCUCAUUCCAGGGCCCCUCCACUCGCUGAUUUUUCUCCGGAUAACUCAUGCGGAUGAUAAUAAUCCGCUUUCUCCAUCUCUCUGAUCACCCGGAAGAGACCCAACGUCUACAAGACACGAAACUACAGAGUCCGGUUUACCCGCGAACCCGAACUGGCUCGUCGCGGGAGCGUAGUUUUUUCUAUCCGAUUUUUAUUACAUUCGACUUUAUUUUUCUAAGUCUAGCUCGUAAGUCUUACUCGCCUAAGCCGUAAUCUGUAAAGUAAUUUAUUUAUCCAGUUAUUGUCCGGAUGUGAAACAAACAAACAAAAAAAAAGCAACUGACUAAGUGGUUAGCCAUCGUUACGACGCAUUCGAUGUUCAGGGUAUCGUGUCUCUAAUCGUCUGUUUCGCUGGAUUUCUCUUGUUCUUCUUGGAUUUUUUUUUUUAAUUCUUUUUCUUUUAUUUCUUGUUCGCUAAACUCAGACUCGUAGUUGGCUCGGUGCCUUCGCUACCGGUCGGUCUGUCGAUGACUGAUCGAUCCUUACGAGAAUCUGGUACAUGGAGUACUAUCCAGGGAUCACUUUAAUUUUUCUUUUCUUUUUUCUUUUUUUUUCAGUCGGAGGAAUUAAUAUUUUAAGCGCAUUCGGACUGUGUCCAGAUAUGAUACAAGAAAAAUUAUUUGGCUUCGUGGGAAAAAAAUAUUGCUCCGUCAAUGUCUUUUUGACAUUUUUAACGUCUCCGUCGACUGAAGAUAUGUAAUCGUGACCCUGGAAAAAAUUAACGCUAAAUCGCUGUUAUACGGAACGUUUAAUAGGCUCUACGUGGCGCAAAAUGUCCGAACGUUUAUACAGAUUUUUCUAUUCGAUUUUAUAUUAUUCCAAGGUUUUUAAGUCGUUUUUUACGCAGGUCCGCACGUACUCUAGAUUGAACAUUGUCCGAGGUACACUCAGUUAGUAAUGUCAAUAGGAUUAAUGUAUGCCAACACGUGUAAACUGUAAGCCGAUUAUACAAAGUCGGACAUUUUGGGGCGUAACGGCCGCUUUACACGUUUUCUUACAAAUGUUUAGUAGGUCUCCUGACACGCCAUUGGAGUGGUAGCGACAUGUUUUUUUUUGUUUUUUUUUAUUAUUAUUAUAUAUUGACGUUGAUAUUAACAUUGGAAUAUCGUCGAUGUUAACUGUACUGUAUACUGUAGAUCCUCGGGGAAUAGUUGAGGCCUGAAAAUCGCCUAAACGGUGGCCUGAGCAACGAUCUUGGAUCUAUCGGAGCGAAUUGACUAAUCUGAAUCGAAGGCUUCGAUGUCCAUCGAUGGCUGUGAACACAAGAUGCAAUAUAAGGGAAAAGGGACACCGUGCUGGAUCGCGAUCCAUCGAUCCCGAGGAAGGUCAGGGUCUAGGGAUCGCGAGAGAAAUCCCGAUCCAUCAAUUCCGCAGAAAUCUCGAUCCGUAGAUCACGGGGAAAAGAAUUGCGGUCCUUCGGUCGCGUGGAAAGUCAUGAUCUAUCGAUCUAGGUAUAAGAUCCUGAUGCAUGGAUCGUGGAGGAAAAUCCUGGUCCAUCGAUCACGGGAAAAAUCGUCACGAAGGAAUCCCGGGAGUAGUCCUGGUUUUUCCAUGUUAAUGAAUAUUCUUAUUUCUUGAUCUUUGUUCUAUACCGUGAUCCAUGGAUCCCGAGGAGAACCCCGAGCGAUGGAUCGCGAUCCUGCCUACGCACUUAACGAUUCGUCCGAAUCACCUUUCUUGCCAGGUUAAUCGUAUUUCGUGAGCCAAAUAUUAUUAACUUUGUAUAAGGAUGAUGAGAGAGAUUUCUUGUUUUUUUUUUCUUCUUUUUUUUUUCCCCUGUUUCCUGUUUCCUUAAGGCCUCUUAACGAGGCGGACGCGGAGCACGAGAGAAGCUCCUAAAAAUGCGCUCUUCUCCCCGUUAAACGAAAAAGUUGCGCCAACGCUUUCCAAUAUUCUCAAUGUUAAUUAUGCCUGCGAAAAAAAACAAAAAAAAGAAAAUAAGGAAAAUACCGUCAAUCGAAACCGCGAAAUUAUACCAAUUGACAUCACGCUGCAUUUAAUUCCCCCCGAGGAACUGCUCCAUUUGUUAUUGACAAUUAAUAAUUCCGUCCUACCCACAGGACUGGGAAAAAAUCCAUAACAAUUAUAUCCGCGUGGACAAACUUGGAUUUACGUGAUGUCUGGAUUUAUCACUUUUUAAAAUUGCUUGCCGUCAUAAUUAAUUCCUCCUGUAAUCGUUUUUAUGUGUGUAGUUUUUUUUUAUUUUUUUUUAUUUGAUUACUGUUCGAGCGCUUCUCAACUUUCUCGUUUAACGCCGCGGCCUUAAUGUCUUAACUGCGCCUUGACAAGUCAAAAGAGUCAUCCGCUUAGGAACGUAACAGUCGCGGAAUCGGAAAUUUCCGAAAAGGAAGGAAAGAUAUGAGCCGUGAUAUCCGCGCGAGCCUAUCACUGAUUUAUGCGAUCGUUACAAUCGGCCGAUCCUCGCCGACGUUCCUUUACACGUGCCUUAACGAAUUCGAGCCUAAUCGUUGUCGAUUUUGGCUCGAGAAGCGACGAUUCUUGUUUCUUUCGUCGGGACGUCGCUCCUGAAUUUUUUUCCGUGGGAAUGAACGGAGAGGGAAGAAGAAAAAGAAGGAAAAGAAAAGUAUAUUUGAAUUCCGCGCCUUUUUUGCGCUCCAUUCUACGCUCGCGUGGCUGCUGAAUCGGCAUAACAAUCGAUGUGUUGUAUAAUAAAUGUUUGUUACGAAUAAAGGGUGUUUUUUCGUAA